GUGAAUCUGAAUCUGAUUUUAACAGACCUGACGGACAAUUCAACAAGUUCUCCUCUAGUGCUCUCAGAUACACUCACAGUAGAUUUAAAACCGUCUCCAGAAGUACUUUAUUGACCUUUGGGUUUAAAAUUAUCACACACACAAAAAAAAAACACAAAAGCGAAUUUAUUUUUUGUAUUCUUUGGUAUUUUUUUGUUGUUAGGCGGGAAAUUAUUUAUUACUUUUAGAUAAUUUUAGACACACUUUUCUCAGCCAUGACUUCAAGCGUUGAGCCCCUGGAAAUAACUGGCAAUGAGCUGGUUCACAUCCUCAGGACGCCCCGGGACCAGUACACCUCCGCCGGCUGCGUGGUGCUGGACUGCAGGCCUUUCCUCGACUUUUCGCUCGCGCACAUCUGCGAGUCCCGAAACGUCUACUGGAACUCGAUGCUGCGUCGCAGAUCCAAGAGCUCGGUGGUGGCUCUGGAGUGGCUCAUCCCGGACAAGUCGCUCCUUGCCCGGCUGCGGCGCGGGGAGUUCUCCCCUGUGGUGGUGGUGGACGAGAGCAGCCGCUCCGUGGCCGAGCUGAAGGCGGAGAGCGUGGCCCAGAUGCUGAUCAGCGCGCUGCACAACGAGGUCCAGACGCAGAUCUGCUUCCUACAAGGUGGAUUUGAGGGAUUUUCAGAGGCCUAUCCAGAUCUCUGCUACAACUCUGCCAGCAAUCACCUCCCCGCAGUGGAACCAGAGCCAACAGCGACGGGUCGGACGACACCAGCAUACGACCAGGACGGUCCCGUGGAGCUGCUGCCCUUCCUGUUCUUGGGCAGUGCCAUCCACUCCUCCCGCAGAGAGACCCUCGCAGCGGCGGGCAUCACAGCUGUGCUCAACGUUUCCUCCACAUGCCCCAACUUCUAUGAGGGGGAGUUCGAGUACCUGCGGCUCACUGUGGAGGACAGUCUAGCAGCUGACAUCAGAGCCUGCUUCUCCACUGCCAUCAGCUUCAUCGACUCAGUGAAGCAGAGGGGAGGUCGGGUGCUGGUGCAUUGCCAGGCAGGUAUCUCCCGCUCCGCCACCAUCUGUCUGGCCUACCUCAUGCACACGCAGCGCGUCAAGCUAGAUGAGGCCUUCGACUUUGUGAAGCAGCGGCGUCGCGUCAUCUCCCCCAACCUGGCCUUCAUGGGGCAGCUGCUGCAGUUUGAGACCGACGUUCUCUGUCAGGGAUGAGGAGCCGGGCGCAGUCAGACUGGGCUUGUUUUGAUUGAUUCUCCUGCCUCUCGUCAGCGUUGUGGUGGACUCAGAGCAUUAUCAGGACUCAUGCACUCUUUGUCAGGUUGAAGCUGGUACGAUUCAGAAGUGUUUACUCUGCGCUUGUGCUGCUGGCGUGACAUAUCUGGCGGAUGAGUUAUUUUCAGGAGAAACUGUCAAAUGGGAUUCCGCUACAAUAUAAACCCCAACUGCUCUCACCACAUCAUGAACAGCUAUGAUCUAUGAUUCUGAGCCAGCGAGUCAGAACAGCUAUGAGGUAAUUCCCCUGACAUUUUCUACUGGAGGGGAAUCCUGCCUGCUUGUCUGGUUUCUGUGUGUUGUGUGUGUGUGUUGUGUGUGUGUGUGUGUGUGUGUGUGUGUGUGUGUGUGUGUGUGUGUGUGUGUGUGUGUGUGUUUUGAAUUGUGUGCCUGAUCUUUUGUAAGGGCUGUCUUAUUUUCAGACUGAAUGUCAUUCCUUCCCUGUGACAUGACAACACUGUGUUAACUACUUAAGGCAAUACUGUGUGAAUCUAAAGUUUUAUUGUCUGAUUUAUAAGAAUGCACUGACGGCAAUUGGUGUCUAAUUAUUCUGUGUCCUGAGACGUGUUACACUUUGUACAGUCGAAGUGGAAGAAGCUGUUUUUAUCAUGUAAAUAGUUUUUAUUUUUAUUUAUUAUUUCAACUUCUGUUAUGACAGUGUUCACGUUACUACUGUCUGUUACUGCACUUUAUACUUACAAGGUUUGGCUGAUUCCUGCCGUUUUUCCACUAGAAUAAAAACCUGCUGGAGAGCACACUGA